GCACUACAUCUUCUCUCUCUUCUUCGCUCAUUCUCUCUUCCUCAUAUAUUUCCAAAACAAUACCUUUCUUCUUCUCUCUUCAGAAGAAACGAGAGAUUCGAGUGAUGUUUUAUGAACUACUACUAGUGUUUUUUUCCGUGAAGUAAAGAGAAACGGUAACUUUUUCUAUUUGUUUUCAAGAAAAGCCAAAGAAAAAAAGAAUUUUUAAUAUACUCUGUUUUUUGCAAUGAUUUUGUUUUGUGAAAUUUUUCUCGGAGAAGAAAGUAAUUUAGAAGACGGAGAGUGGCAAAACGAAAUAUAAAAAAAAAAGUUUUCAAUUUCUUUUAAGAAAAAAAAAGCUUUUUCCCUUCUUAAAACCCUUCCUCUGUUUCAGAAACAGAGACAUAAGAAGAAAAUAGAUCACAAGCUAAUUGCGUUCUCUUCUCUUCUUCUUCUACUGGGUUUUAAAAUCAAGAAACCAUGUCUGCGAGUGUUCUAAGUGAUCCAACAAUGCUAAUUUCAACACCGGAGGUAAUACUCGUCUCUCCGGUAUCGGUUACUCAAAUCUCCGGAGAUGAGCCAGAUUCGGUGACGUGUGAUUGUUGCGGAUUAACCGAGGAGUGUACCCAAUCGUACAUAGAGAUGGUCAGAGAGCGUUACAUGGGGAAAUGGAUCUGUGGACUUUGUUCUGAAGCUGUGAAGUAUGAAGUCAUGAGAACGAAAAGAUUGUUAACGACAGAGGAAGCUAUGGCCAGACACAUGAACAUGUGUAAUAAGUUCAAAUCCUCAAGCCCACCACCGAAUCCGACAGGACAUUUGAUCUCUGCCAUGAGACAGAUCUUGAGAAAAAGCUUAGAUUCACCAAGAAUGCUUAGAUCUAUGCCUAAUAGUCCAUCUAAAGACGACCAAGAUCAUCAUCAUGAUUGUGUUUCUAAUGUUUUGUCUAGGUCUGAUAGCUGUUUCGCUAGUUUGACUUGAAAAAAGCUCAUCGUUGAAAAAAUUGUUUUAAACCGUCGGUUUAGGGACCCACUUGGAUCAAAUCCGGUUUUCUGAUUUGAAAUUUUCGUCGGUAAAUCAAAAAUUGGUUUCUGUAUGUGUUUUUGCCGGAUUUGUUGUUGUACUUUUGGAAAAUUUUGGGCUAAAAGAAUAAUUUGGUGCUCUGUUUCUGUCUUUUAUUCUUUCUCCAAUUGCUAGCUAAUAUUCGGAAUUCUGUUGCUGUGAGCUUAGUUAAACAAGAACAAAAUGAAAUGAAAAUAUGUUUAUACUAUUCGAUUAUAAUUAGAUAAUUAAGAAGGAGAUUCUUUAGAAAUUUAUCAUAUUGAAAAGACAUGUAUGAUCAAAAACCAUGGAAGGUAGGGUCAUGCUUAUCUCUGUGAUGAUUCUCUAUCACAAAAUAGAAAUGAAAAAGGUGCAUCACAUUAAUUUAAAUUUAUUUCUUAGCUUUUAGUUAUUUUUAUAACUUUUCAAAAUAUUUAUUUUAAAUCAAAUGACUGUAAUGUAAC